GGAAGAAGAAACCGUUAUAUAGAUGUAAACUGCCAGACUUUUGGUGUAGAUCGUUUCCGAACUGAUUUACACAAAUCCCAUCGAUAUCACCAACACUACAAGAUCGCCAUCCGUCAUGCGUUUCUCCAUCCUUGCCGCAAUGCUGACCUACGCCUCCGCCGUGUCGGGAGCAAUAACAUGGACGCUGCAGAAAGCCUCCAACCCGACGGCUGACCAAUCGGAGGCGUAUACUCGCAUCGAAUCUGCCAUGAAGCUUGCUGUUGCGCGAUACUCCCGCUUCACGAGCGCUAGCAAGACUAUCCGAGUUUAUUAUUCUCCCGGCGUACCCACGGCCGAAGCCAACUACAACGGAGACCUUCGAUUCGGCUCGGACCGGUCCUACAUGACUGAGCGCACGGCGAUGCACGAGAUAGCUCACACGCUUGGAGUCGGACAGACGGCUGCUUUCGAUCAGCACUGCGCGGCUAACAACUGGCCGAAAGCGACGCCGCUGCUUCGGUCGUGGGAUGGUUCUAGUGCUAAGAUAAGCUGUGGUGGCGGUCACUUUUGGCCUUACGGUCUAAACUACGAGAGCGAGUGGAGCGAGACAAACGGGGACCGCCAUGUUCAACUGGUUAAUGCUAUGCUUGCUGAUGGGAUGUAAGGGUGCUUUGUUCAUUAGUAGCGCGUACGAAUACAAGAAUCCAUGGAACGGGUACCUAUACGCUUCUGAAAUUCAUAAAAUGAUUAAGGCCGAUUAAUAAUGACGGAGGAACAUGUGACUCUGAACGGGGCUAUCCAUAUUUAAAAGGGGGCAGAAAGCUGCUAGAUUCGAGAGGGAUCUCUUAUAUUAUCUAAGAGAACUAGGUAUAGUGAGAACCUACACGAGAAAUUAUUCAAGUAGAUGAGACUCGAGCAAACCCCCUUGGUGUGCACUCUAACUACUAGAAUG